AUGAAACAACCAAUUAAUCUGAAUUGGGAAAGUAGAUUAAGGGAUAAGAAGGUAACAGAGAUGCAACCAAUCGAAAAAACUAUCGAAAGACAAGAAAUAGAAAUCAUUAAUGAUUCUAUUAAUAAAAAGAGUGGUUCAACAAGUAAACCUAAGAGGAAACUUGGACUCUCUAUGAUUGAAAUUCUUAAAUUCUAUAAUAGAAAGAAUUUGGCUAAAGUAUUAAAGAGGAUGGUACUAUUACCCAAAACUAACUUUAUUAAUUAUGAAGAAGCAACUAUAAAUAUUGUCUCAAAGAGACUACUGAAUAAAAUUGGCCUAGAAAUUGAUGAGGAGUCCUUAAUAGUCAUAGUAAUAGUGAUGAGAGCCAAAGCCAAAACAUUAGAAAAACAAAAACUAUAUCUAAAAUACUUAGAUAAGUUAGCAGAAGUUCUAAUAUCAAAUACUAGAGCAAAAAUAUUAGUAUCUGAUGAGGAAGUUGAAUUUGACAAUGAAAAUAAAGAUACUUUUGAUGAAUUCGACUAUGAGGAGAAAGAGGAACCUGGUGAACCUAAAGGUCUCUUUACUGAAAACUGGCCAAUAAUGUAUAAGGAAAAUCCAGCCUUAUAUCUAACUAAUAUCAAGGAGGUACCAAGCCAAGGCAGAGAAAAAGAGAAAAAGCAUUUCAAAAAGAAACUUCAAGAACUUCUCAAUAAUAAAUUCAGAACUACAGCAGUUGAGAAAGUUGAACAAGCACAAAAACUAGCCAAAAAAAGGCAUGAUCGACAAUUGCGGAUCAUGGAAAACUUAGAAAAAGGAAAUUCUGUUUUGGUCUAUAAGGCUUCACAAGCAACUUCAAGGAGUAACAAACUUGACCCUAAAUAA